UAUUUAGUUGUAAGAAAAAACUUUUAAUAUAGCAAGAUUUUAACAAAAAUGCGAAAAAUUUCUGUGCUUAAUGACACACGAGAUCCUAAAAGAUUUUUACAACAAGAAAGAUUUCAAAAAAUUGAAUUAAAUAGAGUUAAGUUAGAUGAUCGGCAUAACUAUGUCUUUAUGAAGAUUUCACAAGUAAUUUUUCUUGAUGAGCAAACAGUACAAGAGCAUUUGCUGAAUGAUGAAAAGUUUGACUUGUUUGAAAAGUUCUUUUGUAAAAAUGGCAUGAGAACAUUAAUGUUUUAUUACCAACCAUGUAUAGUACCAACAGCAACCACGAAUAUUGAAACACCCUCCAAUGGGGCAAAUAAGUUGUUCAUUGCAUCAGGUACCUCCCAGCGUUUGACUGGAACCUGUAUGAUUUUUUUACGUAAUUCUACUGAAUCAAUAACCACAUUAAAUAUUGCGCAGGAAACUAAUUUUAUGAACUUAAGCUGCACAAAUGGAAACCUUUAUAGUGAUAUUGAAUUAAUUUUGCAAGGUGUGUUGAUUCCAUCUAUCAAAUCUAUUAAGGAUUGGGGUGAUGUUGGAGAAAAUGAAGCUUCAGAGUUUGUGGAUCAAUUAGGUGAAUUCACCAAUAAAAUAUCUUUAGCAAAAGAAAAUGAAUUAGGAAGAAUAUGCCUAAGUGCUGGAGAUUUGCAUUCAGUCCUUGGAAAAAUGCACUCGCUAAAUGAUUAUUCUGCUGCAGCAUCAAAUGUUGACCUACUUGUAUCUAUUGAAAAACUUGUAUUGACAUGGAUUAAACAAAUUGAGCAAGUACUUAUCGAAAGUCAACAGAUUCGUAAAGAAGCUGAUGACAUUGGACCAAGUGAUGAAUUAUUAUAUUGGAGAAAGAAAAUGGCUAAAUUAAAUAGCUUACUUGGUCAAAUAAAAAGUUCUUCUUGUCGGGCAGCAAUUGGUGUUUUGUUUGCUGCAAAGUCCCAAACAAUUAAACACUGGAAAGAGUUUGACUGUCAGAUAACAAAUGCUGCAAAUGAAGCAAAGGAUAACAUGAAGUACUUGAGUACUUUAGAAAAAAUAUUUGUUCCUUUAAAGAAAUGCAGUCCAUUAAAAAUGGUUGAGCAUCUCAGCACUUUGAUGAAUGGAAUUCAAAUGAUAUAUAGUAUUUCUCAAUAUUAUAACACAUCUGAAAGAAUGACAUCAUUAUUUGUGAAGAUUACAAAUCAAAUGAUUACAUCAUGCAAAUCAUAUAUUCGACAAGAUUCACUAGCGCUUUGGACUAAUCCUUGGAAUAUCAUUACAUCGAAAAUAAGUGAGUGUAUCAAGUUAAAUGAAGAGUAUCAAAAAAGUUUUCAGAAAACAAAAAUGAAAUUAAGAGAAAGUCAUAAUGAAAAGCAAUUUGAAUUUAGCGAAACUUAUAUCUUUGGAAAGUUUGAUGCCUUUUGUAAUCGUUUAACAAAAAUCGAUGAUUUGUUAAAAACAGUUGAAAGUCUUUCUGCAUUGAAAAAAAUUAAAAUUGAGGGGAUUGAAAAUAUUUUAUCUCAUUAUGUAGACUUAGUUUCCAGCAUUAAAAAUAAAAAUUAUGAUAUUCUUGAUCAUCGUAAAAAUGAUUUUGAUGCUGAUUUUGAAAAAUUUAAACUGGGAGUUGAUUCACUUCAAGGAGAGCUUCAAAAUUUCAUUGAUUCGUGGUUUGAAAAAUCUUUUACAACAUUACAAGGUUUAGAAUUUUUGGAUAAGUUUAAAAGAUUGCUUGGUAUUGAUCUAAACCUAAAAAAUAAGUACCACAAAGUGUUGUUCAACUUUACAAGAGAAAUUGAUCAUAUAAAGAAAAUUUAUCAAAAACAAAAAGAAAAUCCCCCUUGUUUUCGUGAUAUGCCUCCAAUUUCCAGCAAAAUUGCUUGGUCUAGACAACUAUUUCGACAAAUAUCACAUCCGAUGGAGUUACUUAGUCGAUGUGAAGAUUUAUUAAAGACACCUGAAGCAAAUAAAGUUGUCAAGAGUUACAAUAGAGUUGCACGAACAUUGAUUGAAUUUGAAAUGGUUUACCAUGAAAACUGGAUGAAAACUGUGGAGCAUGUUAAAUAUAGCUUAAGUGCUUCAUUGCUUGUAAGACACCCUGAAACUAAGGUUUUCCAUGUGAAUUUUGAUCCACAGAUAUUUGAAUUGAUGAAAGAAAUAAAAUACAUGCAAAAAAUGUCUCUGGAGGUGCCUGCUACAGCUAUUGAAUUACAACUGCGCGAGCCUCAUAUUAGGUUACUACAUGCAUCGAUUUGUAAGUGUGUUGAAGAUUUUGCAGUAAUCAAGUCAAAAAUACCUGAAGUUGUGUUUUCAUUGAUGCAGCCUAUAAUAAGGAGUACAGAGAAUGUUUUUAAACCUGGGACUUCAGUUUUAUCUUGGAUAUCUUUAAACACUGAUAUUUACUUGCAAGCUGUCAAAAAGUCACUGCAUGAUCUAGAUCUUGUUGUUAAACGUGUUACUGAUUUAUUAAAAUGUGGAAUUGAAGGUACCUUGGAGAGUAUUAGAAGUAUUAUGCUCUGCGAAAUUACAGACAAUAUAAUGCAUCCAUCUGAGUUUCAUGCUUCUACUGAAAGAUUGUGUAAAGCCCAUUCAGAAACAUUGAAUUUAUACUGUGAGUUAACAGAGUUUCAUACAUUUACACUUCUCGAAAUGAUAAAAAAACAUCUUAAACCAAAGCAACUUGAAGAACUCCGCGAACAUGAUAUAUAUCCAUGCCGUCUCAUGCCAGAUUUAGUAUGUGGUAAAGGAAAUAAAGGAAAUAGAUGUUUAGAAUGCAGUCCUUGUAAUUAUUGGAAUUUUAUUUUUCAUUUUAACAUGAAAACUAUUGAAGCCCUCACCGAAUGUGUUCGCUUGUCCUUAGAAUUUCUCAAAAGGAAAAUCUAUUAUUCAAGCCACAGCAUAAAAAAGUUGCCUACUUUUUUUAGUGGGUCAAUAGUAUUACAAAUUCCUCAAGUUGUCAUGAAAGAUAGUUUGGAAAUCAUUCAACAAUGGCUAAAUAAAUCUGUACAGGUGAUUUUGAAAGCAGUUGAGAAUAUUUAUGAGUGGAAAUACCAUAACUAUUUUCACCCAGUAACAAACCACCAGACAGAAGAUGCUGGAAAAGGUUCAGCAUCAGUAAAAUCUGUUUUCAAAAUAGUUUUGGAACAUAAAGAGAUAAUAAAAACUGUAUCUAUACUGAGUUCUUCCAUUAGUUCAUUGAAGGUGGAAGUUGCAAAUGUUUUAGAAGAGUUUAAACAAUUUCAAAUGCUUUGGAAAGAGGAACCAAAAUUUGGUGUCUCAAAAUUUCUGAGUCAUAACCCAAGUUUAGAAGAGUUUGCAUCAGUGUUUUUGCGUUAUAUAAAUUUAGAGAGUUCAAUAAACAUUUUACCAGAUAAUUAUACAGUUGGUCCGAUAAUUUAUUCUUCAAUUCCUUUAAAAGUAGCUUUAUUGAAUGAAACUCAAACCUGGAAGCAAGCCUAUGGAAAAGCAUUAGCUGAGAGGGCUUAUCAUAGCAUGAAAAAUAUUCUUCAGUUUAUUGAUAACACCAAUAAACAACUCACUCGACCCAUUAAUGAUCUUGAUGAUGUAAGGAGUAGCAUGGCUGCACUUGCAGAUAUAAGGGAAGCAGAGAUAAGAGUUCAAAUGGAAAUUACUCCAAUCGAAGAAUCGUAUGCACUUCUUAGUAAUUAUGGCUUAAAUGAAUUCAAUGAUAAUGAACACGUUGAUAACUUGACUUAUGCUUGGAAGAAAUUACAAGAAUUGGCAUCAUCUGUUCAACAAAAUCUUCAAAAAGUACAACCUCAGUUUAAGUUAAACUUAUUAUCUGGUGUAAAAGUGUUCAAACAGGCAGUUAUCUCAUUUUAUAAAGACUAUCUUCAAAAAGGCCCAAUGGUUCCUGGAAUUACAACUCAAGAAGCUUCUGAGAGGUUAUCAAUAUUUCAAAUUAAGUUUGACGAAUUGUGGAGAAAAUAUCAAACUUAUUCUGGUGGGGAAGAAUUGUUUGGUAUGCCUGUAACAGAAUAUACUGAAUUGCAAAAUGUAAAGCAUGAUCUUGGUUUGCUUACUUGUUUUUAUACUCUGCAUGAUUCUUUUAUGGACUCAUUAAAUAGAUAUUAUGAAAUUCAGUGGUCUGAAGUCAAUAUUGAAAGAAUUAGUUUAGAGCUCUUAGACUUCAAUAAAAGAACAAAAAGAUUGCCUGAAGAAUCAAAGUGUUGGCCUGCUUUUAUUGAAUUAAAUAAAACAAUUGAAGAGUUUAUUGAAUGUUGCCCUCUUCUUGAAAUGAUGUCUAAUCCUGCCUUAAAAGAAAGACAUUGGGAGCAGAUUUCUUUAGUUACAAGUUAUCAAUUUCCUGCAAUAUGUAGUGAUUAUUUUACACUGCGAUGUUUAAUGAAUGCACCAUUACUAAAGUUUAAAGAAGAUAUUGAGGAUAUAUGUAUUUCGGCUGUGAAAGAAAAAGAUAUUGAAGCUAAGUUACAGCAAGUAAUUUUUGAAUGGAAUACACACGAACUUUCAUUUUCUUUAUUCAAAUCAAGAGGGGAGUUAUUGCUAAAAGGUUUUGAAACUUCUGAAAUCAUCUCACUCAUGGAAGAUAGUUUGAUGAUUCUCGGAUCUUUGCUAAGUAAUAGAUACAAUGCUCCAUUAAAAUCAUCAAUUCAGAAAUGGAUUUUGGAUUUGUCAAACACCAUUGAAAAUAUUGAAAAGUGGCUUUCUGUACAAAAUUUAUGGGUGUAUUUAGAAGCAGUUUUUGUAGGAGGAGAUAUUGCUAAACAAUUGCCAAUGGAAGCUAAAAGGUUUAAUCAAAUUGACAAGUCUUGGGUGAAAAUAAUGAAUCGUGCUCAUGAAAUUCAAAAUGUUGUAUCAUGUUGUGUAGGCGAUGAUACAUUGACUCAGCUGUUACCUCAUCUAUUGGAGCAGUUAGAAAUAUGUCAAAAAUCAUUAUGUGGAUAUCUUGAAAAGAAACGUUUGAUAUUCCCUCGAUUUUUUUUUGUGAGCGAUCCAGCAUUGUUAGAAAUACUUGGUCAAGCAAGUGAUUCACACACCAUCCAAUCUCAUUUACUUGCAGUUUUUGAUAAUGUGAAUAGAGUUUCAUUUGAUGAAAAACAUUAUGAUAAAAUAUUCGAGAUCUGUUCAAAAGAAGGAGAGAAAAUAUCUUUGCAAAAUCCUGUUUUAGCUUCAGGUAAUGUUGAAACUUGGCUUGGUUUCUUGCUGGCUGAAUCUAAAAACUCUCUGCACCAUGUUAUUCGAAUGGCAAAAAAUUCAAUUAGUGAAGUUAACUUACAACUUAUAAAAUUUCUGUCAAGUUAUCCAGCUCAAGUGAGCUUACUUGGUUUACAAAUGCUCUGGACAAUCAAAUCAGAAUUAGCUUUAUCAAAGUCAAAGAUUGAUAGGAAGAUUAUGGCACAAACUAAUGAAUACUUUUUAGCUGUACUCAAUGAACUUAUUGGUGUGACAACAAAAGACAUAACUCAAAUGGAAAGAAUAAAAUUUGAGACACUUGUUACAAUUCAUGUACAUCAGCGAGACAUCUUUGAUGAUUUAGUCAAUCUUCGUAUAAAGUCUAUAUCAGACUUUGAAUGGUUGAAACAGUCUCGGUUUUAUUUUCAUGAAGAAUCAGACAAGUGCCUUGUUUCCAUCACUAAUGUUACUUUUGUUUAUCAAAAUGAAUUUUUAGGUUGCACUGAUCGUCUUGUCAUUACCCCACUUACAGACAGGUGUUACAUUACUCUAGCUCAAGCUCUCCACAUGUCAAUGGGUGGUGCACCUGCAGGACCAGCAGGAACUGGAAAAACAGAAACUGUCAAAGAUAUGGGAAAAGCACUUGGAAAAUAUGUUGUUGUGUUUAAUUGUUCUGACCAAAUGGAUUAUAGAGGGUUAGGAAGAAUAUUCAAAGGACUUGCUCAAUCUGGUAGCUGGGGGUGCUUUGACGAAUUUAAUCGUAUAGAAUUGCCUGUUCUCUCUGUUGCUGCCCAGCAGAUUUAUAUUGUUUUGAGUGCCAAAAAAGAGCAUAAAAAUGAUUUUGUCUUUUCUGAUGGUGACAUUGUCAAACUUAAUUCUGAGUUUGGUUUGUUUUUAACAAUGAAUCCUGGAUAUGCUGGUCGUCAGGAAUUACCAGAAAAUUUAAAAGUGCAGUUUCGAACAGUUGCUAUGAUGGUACCUGAUCGACAAAUUAUUAUACGUGUAAAACUUGCUUCGUGUGGUUUUAUUCAAAAUAUUAUACUGUCAAGAAAGUUUUUCAUGUUAUAUAAUCUAUGUGAUCAACAGUUAUCAAAACAAGUUCAUUAUGAUUUUGGUUUACGAAACAUUUUAUCAGUGUUGCGAACACUUGGUGCAGCAAAGCGAAUCAACCCAAAUGACAUCGAAGAAAAGAUACUAAUGCAAGUUCUUCGUGAUAUGAAUUUAAGUAAGCUUAUUGAUGAAGAUGAGCCACUAUUUAUGAGUCUCAUUAAUGAUUUGUUUCCGGGAUUUACAGUUGAAAAAGUUGGUUAUCCAGAAAUUAAAAAUGCUAUUCAAAAAUGCACUACUGAUGCAAAGCUCAUUUUCCACUUACCAUGGGUAGACAAAAUAAUUCAGCUUUAUGAAACCCAGCUUGUUCGACAUGGAAUGAUGGUACUUGGGCCUUCAGGAGCUGGGAAAACAAGUUGUAUACAAAUUCUUAUGAAAUCAAUAAGUUUAUGUGGCGUCCCACAUCGUGAAAUGAGAAUGAAUCCAAAAGCUAUUACAGCCCCACAAAUGUUUGGGCGGUUAGAUGCUGCUACAAAUGAUUGGACUGAUGGCAUAUUUUCUUCUUUGUGGAGAAAAACUUUAAAGUUAAAAAAGGGAGAUAAUGUUUGGAUUGUGCUGGAUGGUCCUGUUGACACAAUAUGGAUUGAAAAUCUCAACUCUGUUUUGGAUGACAAUAAGACAUUAACUUUAGCUAAUGGUGAUCGUAUUCCUAUGGCACCAUGCUGUAAGAUUGUUUUUGAACCGCACAAUAUUGACAAUGCUUCACCUGCUACUGUUUCCAGAAAUGGUAUGGUCUACAUGAGCUCACCAGGUUUAGAUUGGAAGCCAAUUCUUAAGGCCUGGUUGAAUCAACUUUCACCAUUGCAAUCAGACAUCUUUGAGGCUUUGUUUAAUACUCAUUUUGCUGAUCUUCACUUGUAUGUGCAACAAAAUCUUGUCUCUAGAAUAAAAAUUCUGGAACACAAUGAGAUAAACCAAGCAAUUAAUAUUCUUAUUGGAUUAAUGCCAAAAGAAGAUAGCCAGCAUAUUGAUAAAACGUAUUUAAACAGACUCUUUGUAUUUUCUAUAAUGUGGAGUUUGGGAGCUGUACUUGAGCUGAUUGACAGAAAAAAGUUAGAGGAAUUUAUUUAUGAAAAUUAUUCCUCUGCGCUUGAUCUCCCACCUGUAAAAGAAGAGGAAACCAUGUUUGAAUACUUUAUUGAUAAUGAUGGUUCUUGGAAACAUUGGAAUCAAGAGGUUAAAGAGUUCACAUUACCAUUUGAUUCAACUCUUCAGUUUUCUUCUAUACUUGUACCAACUGUUGAUAAUACAAGAACUCAUUUUUUAAUAGAUAUCAUUGCAAGACAAGGAAAGGCAGUUCUUCUUAUUGGUGAACAAGGCACUGCAAAAACUGUUAUUUUGAAAAACUUUUGUAGUCAAUAUAAUUCUGAUGAACAUAUGUAUAAAUUAAUGAACUUCUCUUCUGCGACAUUACCACUGCUUUUUCAGAGAUCAAUUGAAAGUUAUGUAGAUAAGCGUGUUGGAAAUACAUAUGGACCAUCUGCAGGUCGAAAGAUGACAGUGUUCAUUGAUGACAUAAACAUGCCUGUUGUAAAUGAAUGGGGAGAUCAAAUUACCAAUGAAAUUGUUCGCCAACUCAUGGAGUGCAAAGGAAUGUAUAGUAUAGAUAAACCAGGCGAUUUUAUGAACAUUUCUGAUAUUCAAUUUGUAGCGGCUAUGGUUCUUCCAGGUGGAGGCAGAAAUGACAUACCUGAGCGCUUAAAGCGACAUUUUAGCAUAUUCAAUUGUACAAUUCCUUCAAAUGCUUCGAUAGACAAAAUUUUUCAGACUAUUAGUUGUCACUACUUUUCUAAGGAGAAAGGAUUUUCAAAAGAAAUUCAAGAUCUUGCAUAUGUACUUGUGAAGUCUACAAGAAAACUUUGGCAAUUUACAAAACAAAAUUUAUUAGCUUCUCCAGCAAAGUUUCAUUAUAUCUUUAACUUAAGAGACCUUUCACGAAUAUGGCAGGGUAUGUUAAGCAUUGAUGCGUCCACUGCAAAGAAUAAGCAAAUUUUUUUAAAUUUAUGGAAACAUGAAUGUUGUCGUGUCAUCUCUGACAGAUUCUUUGUGAAGAAUGAUGUUGAAUGGUUUGAGAAUUUAAUUACAAGUGUUGUUAAGGAAGAUUUUGAUACUGAGUCUGAUAUUACUAGUGCCUUGUUAAAAAAUGAGCCUUAUUUUGUGACCUUUAUGAAAGGAGAGAUUGGUUCUGCACAUACUGAAAAUGUAUAUGAACCAUUGGAAUCAAUUGAUAGUGUUAAGUUUCAAUUGGACAAGUAUCUUAAAAUGUAUAAUGAGAUAGUGAGAGGAUCACAGUUAGACUUAGUCUUCUUCAAGGAUGCUAUGGUUCAUCUAAUCAAAAUAUCUCGGAUAUUAAAAACUCCUCGUAGUAAUGCUCUCUUAGUUGGAGUUGGUGGGUCAGGCAAACAAUCAUUGACUCGAUUAGCCUCAUUUAUUGCUGGUUAUUCUACAUUUCAGAUUACUUUAACCAGAUCAUACAACACACCUAACCUCAUUGAUGACUUAAGAAAGUUGUACAGAAUUGCUGGUCAGCAAGGGAAAGGAGUUACAUUUAUCUUUACAGAUAACGAAAUAAAAGAUGAAGUGUUUUUAGAGUACAUUAACAGUGUGUUAGCUUCAGGAGAGAUUUCUAACUUAUUUCCUCAAGACGAAAUCAAUGAGAUCACAGAUGAGCUGAUUCCAGUUAUGAAACAAGAGUAUCCACGGCGACCACCAACUCUUGAAAACUUGUAUGAUUAUUUUAUUACCAGAGCCAAGAACAAUUUACAUGUUGUACUAUGCUUUUCUCCGGUUGGUGAUAAGUUUCGAAAUCGAGCCCUUAAGUUUCCAGGUUUAUUGAGUGGUUGUACUAUCAACUGGUUUUCACCAUGGCCAACAGAUGCAUUGAUUGCGGUUUCUAAUCAUUUUCUACUGAAGUACAAUGUUGUUAACUCUCUUGAUAUUGUUAAACCCAUUGUUACCACUAUGGGAGCUUUUCAUAGUGUUGUUGAUGAGACUUGCUUAAAUUAUUUUGAAAGAUUUCGGCGGCAAGCUCACGUUACUCCAAAGUCUUACCUAUCAUUUAUCUCAGGCUUUAGACUUGUAUACUUAGAAAAGCAAAAAGAAAUCACUAUGCUGUCAAAUAGAAUCAAAACUGGUUUGGAAAAACUUGAUGGAGCAUCAAAAACGGUUGUAGAGUUAUCUCAACAACUUGAUUCCAAGGAAAAAGAUAUAAUAAUUGCAUCUAAAAAAGCUGAUAGUGUGUUGAAGGAAGUGACUGAGACUGCUCAAGCUGCAGAGAAAGUAAAAUCAGCUGUAUCUAUAGUAAAAGAUAAGGCUCAACUUAUUUUCGAUGCAAUAUCGACAGAUAAGUUAUUUGCAGAAAAUAAACUUAAAGUUGCACAACCUGCAUUAGAUGAAGCUGAGGCUGCACUGAAUACAAUAAAACCUGCUCAUAUAUCGAAUAUACGUAAACUACUUAAGCCACCGCAUUUAAUCAUGCGUAUCAUGGACUGUAUUCUAAUUUUAUUUAAUCACAAAAUGGAUUCAGUAACUAUAGAUUUUGAAAAAAACUGUGUUCGGCCUUCAUGGUCAGAAUCGUUGAGGAUGAUGAGUCAAGCUGGAUUUUUACAGUCUUUGUUAUCAUUUCAAAAGGAUUCAAUAAAUGGAGAAAUGGUGGAGUUAAUGGAGCCCUAUUUGGCGGCAGAAGAUUAUAAUUUGGAUGCAGCAAAAAAGGCAUGUGGUGAUGUUGCUGGUUUACUGUCAUGGACCAUUGCUAUGUCAUAUUUCUAUGGAAUUAAUAAAGAAGUGCUUCCUUUAAAAGCAAAUCUUGUAGUUCAAUUAGCAAGAUUAGAAACAGCUCAAAAAGAUCUUGCGUGUGCAGAGGCUGAGUUAAACACUAAACAGCAUGAGCUAGAUGUUGCUCAAAAAAGAUUUGAUGAUGCAAUGAACGAGAAACAGAUGCUUCUUGAUGAUGCAGAUUUAUGUCGCUUACGAAUGGCUAAUGCAAAAGCUUUGAUAGAUGGGUUAGGUGGUGAAAAACACAGGUGGACAGAGCAAAGCAAAAGAUAUGAUGAACAAAUUCAAAGGUUAGUGGGUGAUGUAUUGUUAGCUACUGCUUUUUUGUCAUACUCUGGUCCGUUUAAUCAAGAGUUUCGAAAAUUUCUUAUAUUAUUAUGGAAAAAAGAAAUGAGGAUAAAUAUGAUAACUUUUAAUGAGGAUUUAAGUUUGGUUACUUUUUUAACUGAUGCAGCAUCAAUAAAUGAGUGGAGCUUGCAGGGGUUACCCAAUGAUGAGUUAUCACUUCAAAAUGGAAUUAUAGUUUCAAAGGCAUCUCGUUACCCUUUACUGAUUGAUCCACAAGGACAAGGCAAAGCAUGGAUAAAGAAUAAAGAAAAAAACAAUGACUUGUGUAUAACUUCAUUAAAUCAAAAGUAUUUUAGAAGUCAUCUUGAAGAUGCAUUGUCAUUAGGUAAACCAUUGCUCUUAGAGGAUGUUAAAGAGGAACUAGACCCUGUUUUAGAUAAUGUUCUUGAGCAGAAUUAUAUAAAAUCAGGAAGAGGUUUUAAGGUACGGUUAGGUGAUAAAGAGGUUGAUGUUAUGCAAGGCUUUAGGUUAUAUUUGACUACAAAACUUCCAAAUCCAUUAUAUACGCCAGAAGUUAGCGCAAAGACUUCCAUUAUUGAUUUUACUGUCACAAUAAAAGGUUUAGAAGACCAGCUAUUGGGGCGUGUUAUUCUUAAAGAGAAACAGGAACUAGAACGUGAGCGUUUAAACCUUAUAAAAGAAGUUGCAAUCAACCAUACAAAAAUGAAUGAUUUAGAAGAUAAUUUGUUGCAUCGGCUUACAAGUACAAAAGGCUCUUUAGUUGAUGAUGACACAUUAAUUGCAGUACUUCAAACUACCAAACAAAUGUCUGAAGAAAUUAGUGAGAAACUUUCCAGUGCUAAAGAAACUGAAUUAAAGAUUAACAUUGCACUAGAAGAAUACAGACCAGUGGCAACACGUGGAAGUAUUCUUUACUUUUUGGUUGUGGAAAUGUCUUUUGUCAACAAUAUGUAUCAAACAUCUCUUCGACAAUUUCUUCGCAUUUUUGAUCGCGCUUUAGAAAAAUCACCAAAAUCACCUAUUCUUCUGAAGCGAAUUAGCAGUAUCACUGAGUUCCUUACAUAUGAAGUGUUUAUUUAUAUGAUGAGAGGAUUUUUUGAAGAGCAUAAAUUUCUUUUUACAUUGUUGUUGGCAUUAAAAAUUGAUCUGCACAGUGGAAAGAUUAAACAAGAAGAGUUUGACAUUUUCAUAAAAGGAGGAGCUGCUUUGGACUUAAACAUUGUUCAACCAAAGCCAAAAAAAUGGAUUCAAGAUGUGGCUUGGUUAAACUUGGUAGCACUCAGCAAGUUAACACAGUUUUUACAAAUUCUUGUUCAGGUUUCCAACAAUGAUAAAAAUUGGAAAAUUUGGUUUGAUAACUUAGCACCAGAAGAUUCUGUUAUACCAGACGGAUACAAUGAAGCUUUAGAUGAUUUUCGUAGACUUUUGUUAAUCAGAGCUUGGUGUCCUGAUCGCACAAUUAACCAGGCUAGAAAGUAUGUUGCAUCUUCCAUUGGUGUAAAGUAUGUUGAAGGUAUUCUUAUGAAUCUGGAUGGAACUUUGGAAGAGAGUAAUCCAUUAACUCCUAUGAUCUGUUUGCUAUCUAUGGGUUCAGAUCCCACUGCAGCAAUUGAGUCUCUUUCUAAACGCAAACAUCUAAGUUGUCGUAGUAUUUCUAUGGGGCAAGGGCAAGAAGUACAUGCAAGGCGAUUACUUCAACAAUGUACAACUGAAGGUGGAUGGGUUUUACUACAGAAUUGCCACUUAGGACUUAACUUCAUGGACGAGUUGUACGAUAUGUUAACCACGCUGGAAUCUGCGCAUGAAAACUUUAGACUUUGGAUGACAACAGAAGUUCAUCCUAAAUUUCCAAUCAAUUUGUUGCAAAUCUCAAUUAAAUUUACUAAUGAACCACCCUCUGGUAUUAAAGAUGGAUUAAAAAGAACUUAUGUUGGAAUGACACAGGAUCAGUUAGAUAUUGUAAGUCUUUAUCAGUGGAAACCAUUGUUGUAUGCUACAGCUUUUCUUCAUAGUGUUGUCCAAGAGAGACGAAAGUUUGGACCAUUAGGCUGGAACAUUCCUUAUGAGUUUAAUAUGUCUGAUUUGUCUUCCAGUCUUCAGUUUGUUCAGAAUCAUCUUGAUGAAUUAGAUUUUGCAAAAGGUGUGUCGUGGCCAACAUUGUGUUACAUGCUUGGCGAGGUCAAUUAUGGUGGACGUGUUACUGACGAGUAUGACAAACGCCUUCUCAACACUUUUUGCCUUGAAUGGUUUAAUGAAAAUUUGUUUAAUGAGAAGUUUGAGUUUCACCAUGGGUACGGAUUACCUAAAUGUGAACAGUUAACCGACAUUCUUAUUUACAUUCAAAAUUUACCUGCUGUGGACACUCCUGAGGUUUUUGGCUUACAUCCCAAUGCAGAUAUAACUUAUCAAACUAAAGCGGCUGUUGAUGUUUUAAAUACAAUUCUAAAUGUUCAGCCUAAAGAUAAAAUAAGUUCAUUGGGAGAGACAAAAGAAUCAUCGGUCUACCGCAUUGCAGAGGAUAUGUUAAAAAAAUUACCAUCAGACUACAUACCACAUGAAGUAAGAACACGCUUACAAAAAAUGGGGCAGUUUCUUCCUAUGCUUAUAUUUCUUCGUCAAGAACUUACCUGUAUGCAACGUAUCAUAACAGUUGUUCGACACACAUUGAAUGACCUGCUUUUGGCCAUUGAUGGAACAAUCAUUAUGUCAAAUGAUUUGAGAGAUGCUUUGGAUAAAAUUUAUAAUGCUCGUAUUCCAUUUUCUUGGCAAAAAAUAUCUUGGCCGUCCUCUACAUUAGGGUUUUGGUUUACCGAGUUAAUUGAAAGAAACCAGCAAUUCUCAACAUGGUUAUUUCAGGGACGCCCUAACCUUUUUUGGAUGACUGGCUUUUUCAAUCCUCAGGGUUUUAUCACAGCAAUGCGACAGGAAAUAACGCGUGCCCACAAAGGUUGGUCACUUGAUACAGUUGUCCUCGCCAAUGAGGUUACCAGACUGUUUAAGGAAGAUAUGACAUCGCCACCAACUGAAGGUGUUUAUAUAUAUGGCUUGUACUUGGACGGGUGUAGUUGGGACCGAAGAAAUUUUCGUUUAAUCGAAUCGCAAUCAAAAAUGUUGUUUACGCCACUGCCUGUUGUACAUCUAUUUGCUUCAAAUGCUGCUAUUGUUAAAGACGUCCGCUUCUAUUUGUGUCCAGUUUACAAGACCCCGCAGCGAACCGAUUUAACGUACAUUUUUUCUCUGAAUCUCAAGACAAAUAUUAAUCCAAAUCAUUGGAUUUUAAGGGGUGUUGCUCUUCUGUGUGAUGUCAAAGGAUAGUAUUUUACAUAGCUAUUUAUAACUUUUUUUUGAUUAUUAGUUUGUAAGUAGCUAGUUUUAUUUAGCAUAUAAAUCAUAAAUCUAAUUUUUUAUUAUAAAUUUAGCAUAAAUUAUAUUUUUUUAUUUAGUAAGUGUAUAAUAAAUUAUAUUUUUCAUUUGUAUUUAUAUUGUAAUAUGUUUUGUACUAAUACCAUG